AUGGCUGGGAGGCUCCCCAACCCAACCGGCUUCGUGCCUCCCUACCCCGUCACUCCUCCCGCGACUCCAACUCCAGCGCAAUCGAACUAUUUUCAGGCCGGUGGUCCUUCCUCAUCGUCCUCCUCUCAGGCCCCUCCUCCUAGGCCACCAAAGUUGCCAAACUUACCAGACGGCCAUCAUCAUCCGAAUACUUCAAAUCUACCGCCUCUGCCCCCUCGCGAACAUACAUCGACACAAAACGAUCAUGGCCGACAAGAGAGGCAUAAUGUUCCUUCUAGAGUCAAUCAAAAUCCGGCAUCAAGUUCUCUGCCGAGAAUACCCCAACUACCCUCACUGUCAGAGGAUACGCACAGGAGAAAAUCUGACGACCAACGAUGGCCUGGCCCCCCGUCGCAAAUCCCGCCCUCUUCGUCAUCUACCUUCCUCCCUCCGAGGGCUGAUGAUUCACCGCCUGUACCACCACCAAAAUCUCCGCCCCAAAACCCAGUGUACAAUUUGCAAAGUAGUUCCAAUCUUCAGAUGAGCCAGAUAAGCUUAUCGCAGUCGCAGGCGACAAGUGAUGCUAGGGCGCAGAGGCCACGAGGGGCUUCGAAAAGCACAAAGGGUAAAGCUCACCUUGGUGAAAUGGAGCGAUUAAGAAGAUCUAAGAAUGCCGCGAGAUCACGUUUAAGGAUUCUUUCGCUAGAUGGCGGUGGGAUCCGUGGAUACUCUACACUACUUCUCCUCGAGGCCCUCAUGCAUGAUAUUUUCGUUGAAAUUCACGGUCGCGCACCCCGACGCGGAGAAGAGGUUACAAAGCCGUGCGAGGUAUUCGAUCUUAUUGGAGGGACUGGUACGGGGGGCCUAAUUGCCAUUAUGCUGGGUCGCCUUCGGAUGUCAGUCCAGACUUGCAAAGACGUCUAUACCAGAAUGACCCGCUAUGUUUUUGAAACAGAUAAACGAUUUGUCGGAAUCCCUUAUGGCGAAACUUUAUACAAAGCCUCUAAACUGGAGAGAGCGAUUCGAACAGUUGUAUAUGAGAGAACGAAACACGAUCAUCUCGACCUAAAUAUGGAGAUGAACUCAGAGGACGAGGAUUGGGAUCUAGAGCCAAGUGGAGGCCAUUACGAAGAUGAAGAAAAGGAGCUCGAGCGACGAAUGAGUCUUAUGGGGAGAACAGAUAGUAUCAAAGCGAUCGCAGAAGCUAGCAGGAUCGCCUCACUGGAGGGUGGGAGAAAACUCCGCCAAGGAAAUGCUGAUGCGCUGAUGCAUGAUAAGAGAAAGGGCAGAUGCAAAACUAUGAUAACGGCAGUUUACAAAGGUUCCUCUAGCGACUCAACGCCUGCAAUAUUCCGAACAUACUCAUCGGGUGUCGAAUCUAUGUCUUAUCCCGAUUGUCGGAUCUGGCAAGCUGGUCGCGCCACAUGUGCCACGCUUGCAGCUUUCAAAUCUAUCCGUAUUAACCAGGAUGUAUUUUUAGACGAGGGGACCGGACGAUAUAAUCCGACACCAACGGUUCUCGAGGAAGCGUGUGUAAACGAGUGGCCAGGCAGAGAAGUUGGCCUUAUCGUGUCUCUCGGAACCGGAAAACGCCCCGAAGGAGCACGGGAAGGAGACAACAAAGUCCAAUGGUGGGAAAAUCUUGGGACAAGUUUGGAUCAAUUCACGCAGGCUAGACGACGAUUAAUGACGAAAAUCGACUACUGCGAAACGACACAUCAGUAUGUUCUAAAUGAGGAGUUGACGAGAUAUGGGAUUAGCAAAAAUAGAUAUUUCAGGUUCAACGUGGAUGCCGGUGUUGGCGAGGUUGCUCUAAACGAAUGGUCGCGGUUGAGUGAAGUUAGUACGGCCACAAAAGUCUACCUUGCUGGGCCGGAAGUUGGAACCGACAUGAAGGAAUGUGCAAGGCGGAUGGCCAAGCUUACGAGGGACAAAUGGAAGAAGAAGAUUGCUGCUGAUGGUGGUAUCAUGGCGGAAGAAAAGAAAGCCAUGGGAAUGGGCUCAGAUAGCCUCAAGAUGGAAGCUAAGGCCAAUGGACCUGUGCCCACCGUAUAUUACGAGAUGCCAGGUGACGUUCCAACUCAACCGACAGCAGCUGCAUCCAUUAUGAGCCCACCUCCCCGAUCCGGUGAUAUUGACCAGCAAUUGGAACAACUAUUUGCUCCCGUCGAGAUGCCAGCGGCCCCAAGGGUUCCAGCGAUUCGGAUUACUCCUCCUAGCGUUAAGAAGCCCAACGGGAGGACCGUUAGGGUGGAGAUGCCAGGUAAUAUCCCGGAGUAG